AUCAACCUCCUCGUCUGCGUGCGUCCCACACUUCCUUCUUUCUCUCUAUUUCUUCGUUUCUUUCCCAUAUCGAAUUAAUAUCUGUAAUCCCCAAGCGGAGAGGGAAACCAAACAGACGAUGCUGAAAUCACCGAUUUCCCGGCGAUUCUGUGCUGUUUUUCCUUAAAAUAUGGCUCCAAUGCUGCUCGGAGGAUCCAUCCUUAUGCUCAUCUCCUGACGGAGGAGACUAAGAACGUUUGACUUUUUGAUGGUAAAAGUUUAGUGUUUAGAAGAACAGGUCAAAUUUGUUGAAUUUUAGAUAAGGAGGAGGGUUAGAGGGGGGGGAAACUGCGAUUUGGGAGCUCCUAGAUUUGGACUUUCUCUUGGUGUUUGAUGGGAUAUAUUGGGUUUCAAGGGAUUUUGGUACUGAUGGAUAUGAGAUUAUUGGUUGAAACGAUCUUUUUCUUGAUUGAUCUUCAUGGCUUUGAUUAGCCAUCUCAAUGUUCUGCUGCUAAAAACACGAAGAAAUUCUGUUUCUGUGGCUGUUUCGCUUCCUGUUUUCUUAAUUAUUCAUGGGAUUUGUUGAAUUCGGGUACUGGAGAGCUGUAUGCCUCAAACUAGUUUGUUACUAAACUUCCCUUUUGAUCAAUUCAAGCCUUCUUCUCAGCUGGAGAAGAAGAACAAGAAGAAGAAAAGCAAAUAGUUUCUUAAGUUUUCAGUCUUUGGGCAACCAUGGAGGAUGAUCCUAAUUCUUGGUUAAGAAGAACCAAAUUUUCCCACACAAUUUGCUACCGUUUAGAGUCCUUACGAUUGUCUUCCUUUCCUAUCACAGCUCCUUAUCAUCAUAAAUCUACCCUUAACAAGCAGAGGUCUCUAUCUCCACCUUCACAAACUACACUCUUAGGCACAUUUAAGGAUGCACGUAAUGAUUCGAAGCGAUUUUCAACUCCUCAACCUCGUAGACAAGAGCCGAGAAAAGAGAAGGGUAAAAGGGUAUUCAAUAAAGAAGCUAAGGUGCAUAAUUUCUCAAAGGAAGAGAAGUUAAGAAGCCCUGUAAGGCAUCUUGCAUCAUGUAAAGGCAAUGAGAGAUCCACGUUCAUGAAGGAGGGUUCUUGGACAAAAUUGUUUGAACACAAAAGAGGGAAGGUCACUGCUGUUGAUGCUGUAGAUGAAUUCUCUGUUGACUUGUCUAAGUUGUAUUUUGGAUUUAAAUUUGCUUAUGGAGCUCAUAGUUGCCUUUACCACGGACUUUACUUCGACCAAGUUGUUGCUAUUAAGGUCAUCAAUCUACCAAAACACGACGAAAAUGGCGAUCUUGCAGGUCGCAUAACGAAGCAGUUUGGUCGGGAAGUAAUCCUUUUAUCUCGUCUUCAUCAUCCCAAUGUUAUUAAGUUGGUAGCAGCUUGCAGAAAGCCUGGUUAUUGGAUCAUAACAGAGUAUCUAUCUCAAGGUUCGUUAAGGGCAUAUCUACACAAACUUGAAAACAAAUCUCUACCACUUCAAAAACUGAUUGCCAUUGCAUUGGACAUUGCUCGUGGAAUGGAAUACAUUCAUUCGCAACGCAUCAUUCAUCGAGAUCUCAAACCCGAAAACGUUCUUAUCGAUCAAGACUUUUGUCUUAAGAUUGCUGAUUUCGGCAUUGCUUGUGAGGAAGCACAUUGUGAUACACUGGCCGACGACCUCGGAACUUACCGUUGGAUGGCCCCCGAGAUGAUCAAACGUAAACAUUACGGACGGAAGGUCGAUCUCUACAGCUUUGGACUUAUCCUGUGGGAAUUGGUGGCAGGAAGAAUCCCUUAUGAGAAUAUGACUCCAAUCCAAGCAGCUUAUGCAGUUGUUAACAAGGUAAUAGUUGUUUUGUACCAUCUUAUUUCUUCACAACUGAAACACUGUUGCUGUCAUUUCUUUCAGAAUAUCCGACCAGUCGUCCCGAGCGAGUGUCCUCCGGUGAUGCGGGGAUUGAUAGAGCAAUGUUUGUUGGUGCAACCAGCAAACCGGCCGGAGUUUUGGGAGGUGGUGAAAGUGCUAGAGCAACUCGAGAGUUCAGUUGGGGGAGAUGGGACAUUGGUGAAUGUAGAGCAGAAGCCAAGUUGGGAAGUUCACAAGAAAGGUUUAAAGCAUUGGAUACAAAAGCUUGGUACUCAUCAUUCCCACACUUCUCUAUCCUCCAAAUCUAAAUUCAUAUGAUUCUUUCUCUGCCCAUUUUUUCCUUUUAGGUUCAAUGUAAGAUUAAAAGAGAACUUUUGCAGAUUUUUUGGUUCUUCAUUUGUUCUUGUUUCUAGCAUUUUCGUGACUGAAUUGAAGACUAUCAAAGGCUUGAAUGCUUGGAAUUCUGUCCUUAUCUGUUAAUCCAUUUGAUUUUGAUAUGGCCAUUAUUAGUUCGGCUUCACCU